AUGGAUCGAGAGGAAAAAAGAGAUGUGUAUUACAGGCUUGCAAAGAAAAACAACUACAGGGCCAGAAGCGUGUACAAGCUUGCAAACAUAGACGAAGAGUACAAUCUGUUUCAGAACAUUGAGAAUGUUGUCGAUUUAUGUGCAGCACCAGGAAGCUGGUCCCAGUAUGCAUGUGAGAAGUUAGAGAAAGACAGAAACCCAAAGAUAGUGUCUGUGGAUGUGCAAGACAUCAUACCCAUGGAAGGUGUGACAUACAUCAAAGGUGAUAUAACCUCUUCCUCGUGUCUGGAAAGUAUACUGGAUGUGCUUGGUGGAUCCAAGGCAGAUCUUGUGAUGUGCGAUGGUGCGCCUGAUAUAACGGGGAUCCAUGAGAUAGACGAGUACUUGCAGAUGGAGCUGUUGGCAUCUGCACUUGCUGCCACGCUGAGGAUUUCGAAGGAGGGCUCUUCGUUCGUGGGUAAAUGCCUCCAAGGAGAGCACAUCUCAUGUGUAGUCAGCCACUUCAGAAAGUUUUAUGACAAUGCUGUUCUACUGAAGCCAAGGGCAAGCAGAAUAGAGUCCAUGGAGUGUUUUAUAUACUGCAAGGGAAUGAAGGCUAUAGACAUUGACCCUUAUGAGGUCGACAUGGCCACCAGGUGUGAUGUGCCCGUACUGCUCUGCGGAUAUGGUAAAGAAGUGGGGCUUGAAUACACUGUGAGACAAGAUAGCAAAGCUUAG